CUCCCCCACGCCGGUGCACCUCCGAGCUUUUCUAGCUUCUUGGUCGUCUCUACUCGAAAGCGCCAUCAGACCGAAAGCUCCCUCCGAACUCUCCGCCGCCUUCAUCUUGCAAGGCAAGUGAAUUUUGGCAGUUAUCCAAGAAGAAGCAUGUCUCUCCCGGAUGAAGAGAUUACCAGAUUGUUUAGAGUCCGGAGAACGGUUUUACAAAUGCUUAAGGAUAGAGGCUACGCUGUUGAGAAAUCUGAGCUAGAAAUAACAAGAAAAGAUUUUGUUCAGAAGUUUGGAGAGAACAUGAAGAGGGAGGAUCUUCUAAUCUUAAAACACAGAGAGAAGGAUUCGUCUGAUCAGAUUUACAUCUUUUUUCCUGAGGGAACAAAGUCUGGCGUGCCUGUGGUAAAGGCUUUUCUCAAUCGCAUGAAAACAGAUAACGUCCCAAGUGCAAUCUUGGUUGUCCAGAAGGGUCUGACUCCCCCUGCCAAAGCAGCUGUAACUGAAAUUAAUGCAUGCUUCCGGAUGGAGGUUUUUGAGGAAGCAGAGUUGCUGGUUAAUGUCACAGAGCAUGCCUUUGUUCCUCAGCAUAAGGUGCUUAGCAGUGAGGAAAAAAAGGAAAUACUGGCAAAGUAUGGGGUAAAGGACACACAGCUGCCUCGUAUCUUAAUUAGUGACCCAGUUGCUAGAUACUAUGGGCUAAAGCGUGGACAAGUUGUAAAGAUCACGAGGGAAAGCGAAACUGCUAAGACAUAUGACACGUAUCGUUAUUGUGUGUGAGCCUUCCUUCUCCAUUGUCAUUCUUGAAUUGCUUGCUUGAUUCACAUCCUCAAAUUGCUGGCAUGGGAGUGAUCAGCGAGGAAAAGCAAUUAGCAACAGUUUGGAAUGGACAUACAGGUGCAUGAACUAUGGCGAGUGAUCUUUGACCAAUGGAUUCCCCCUCUUUGUUUUCCAUUUUUCAUUUAUCGCUUCAGAGACGAUUUAGCACUGCAUUUUGGACCCUAUAGGCAUUUGUUUUUUUGGGCGAAUUGUUUUUUUUUUUUUUGGUUGUUGUGUAUCAGCCUUUGUUGCUGUGGAGAAGUGAAAGAAUGUCUCGACACAAGCCUUUGUUACUGGGGCAAUGUCUCGACACAAGCUACUCACAUGGCUCCUGGAAUGCAACAUUUGAAUGGAGAAGUGAGAGAAUGUCUUUUUGGUUCUUUUAUCAUGAUUUCAUGGGUUUGUUUCAAA